CAUGUACGUAGUUCCACCUCGUCGCUGUUUUAAAAAGUUGCGAGGAAUAACAAUCUAUAUAACGCGUCACGUACGUACGAGUGGUAAAGCAGCAUAACAUUACUCGGGUUUUUAUUGGACUAUACUUCUACAAGGGGGAAGACGAUCAUUGCACGUUUAACAAUUAUUGACCCAAAGUACGAGUACUCCCAAGUACUGAACAAGCCACGCCGGCAUGUGUGUCGCAUGCACCAUCGUGAAAAAUGAAUUGUUCAUUGUUACACAUAUUGCAUAACAUCGGCGAGGACGGCAUAACGAGUUAUCCAUCCCGUGACAGUUCCACCCCCUGAAGCCGUUUCAUGCCCGCCGACAUGCCCGCCGACAUGCCCGCCGACACACCCACCAACAUGCCCGCCGACUCUCCUCCGCAGUUCACGCUUUUCCCCCUCCUCCCGGCGGAACUCAGGGCCAAAAUAUGGCAAACUGCCCUUUUCGAGUGCAAUUCCAUCGUCGAGCUCAGCCUGCUCAACGGUGCGAUUAUCCCUAAAUCGCGCCCUUCGAUCGUCCUUCGCAUCAAUCAAGAAUCAAGACACGAGGCUUCUAGGGCCUAUAGGGCCCUCUCAAACAGUAUUUCCUUCCAUAAAGAUGGGCCGACGCAGAACCAACUGUAUCUCUUGCCAGAACGAGAUAUCCUCUACUUCAGCAACGACCAUCAGUUCGCGGCCCCAUCUACCGUUCACUGCAAAAUGGCUGGUAUGGCGGGAACACUGUCGUUGCUUGCCGCAUCUUUGUCCGAGAUCGACAGGGCCAAAAUCCAGACUCUAGCUAUUGACAUAUACGAGUGGCCAGAGGUUGAGCACGUAAGGGGGGUUAUGGAAGGACUCAUUCCAUUUGAAGGGUUGAAGACACUAGUUGUAGUGAUGAGGGAUUCGCUGGAGAAGAAGUCCGACACCAGCGACAGGAUAUUUGUUAACUGGCCUUCGAGCCAGAGAAAGCCAGCCUACGACUUGCAGACGAAGCUAUGGAAAAUGUCUAGGAGCACAUUACGAUACCACCCGCAGUGGAAAGAACCUGUUGUAGAGUUGGUAUGCCUAGGAGGCGACUGAUGGACACGGGAUGAAUUUUUUACUCCAUAUUCCUUAAUAGCAAGCUUAAAUAAAUGUAUUUUUUGGGUUUCAGGUACGAGACUCGGCUUUAAGACCAACCAAGCAAGGCGCCUCGGUAAACGCCGUUUGGCGCCACUGAGCCGUAGAGGACAUGUUGGCGUCCCGCCACCGACGCGCCUGGGUUAAGCUUGAU